UAUACUUCACCACCUUUUCCUGUCCAGUUCUCUUAUAUGUUCCUGAGACCUGUGUGUCUAGUGCUGUUGGUUGCCUGCCUCGCUGUGGCCGAUGACAGUGACGACCUCCGUGACUCACGCGGCGACAUUGUGCAGUGCAUCCCACAUGAGUGCAACAAGCCCUGCACCCCUCCACCACAAUACUGCCCCUCAGGAGUUGUAAAGAACUGUGGUUGCUGUGAUGUAUGCUGGAUACACUUGAAAAAUGGAGAAAGGUGCCACAAGGAAGUUCCCGAAAACACAAUGUGCGGGCCACAUUUAGUGUGUGGUUCUAGAGAUGUGUGUGUGCCCCUGGCUAGAGAAAAUGUGGAAGAUGAUGAAGACAGCUCCGACAGCUUGAACAGCUCUGACACUGGCACAAAGAUGAAGAAUGCAAGAGCAGAGAAGGCUGUGAGACGACGUCAGGCAAUAGGCCACUGACUAGGACGGCACCACGACAGGAGCAGCUUCUGCAUGAAGAGAAUAUAAGUGCUGCUGCCACCAGCCUUGACAUGACAGUAAAGGAGU